CCGAGGAAAAUAUCCAGGAAAUGAAGAAAGAGCUCGAUUCGCUUUUGCAAACAGCUGAGAAGGCCUUUACGGUGGAGCUGCUGAAGAUGCCUGUUGCGAUCAGGAAAAUGAAGAGAAAAGACUUGCUUAAUUUGCGAGGAGGGGAGGAAAUGGCUCUUGCUGCUGCAGUGACUGACUGCUCUCUAGAAGACGUACCAAAUCCAAAACAGUUGAGGACCAACAGCAAAAAAGUUAAGGUAACUACAAUUGUUGAAUAUGAAGAUGCCAAGCAUAUUUCUGCAAAGAAAAUAUCUAAAAAAGUUUCCAAAACAAAGUCGUUGGUUUCAUUGGCCUCUGGUUUAAAUAGCAAACUGAACCCUCUUUCUAGGUCUGUUCACUCUUCUGCAAGUGUGACUGAGGCCAUGAAGUCUCUUGCUUCUGAUUGCAGUGCCACAAAUUUCAAAGCCAUGCCAAAGGUAUCUAAAAGUGCUGGACUACAACAGACUGCCUCAAGAACUGUACCUACCAGUGGAAGAGUUCAAAGCAUGUUACUAAGAAGUAAAUCAGUACCCCAAGAUAAAACUGUUCCGUUUGUAAACAUUCCCCUGGCUGAUGGACAGACACUCUGUACGGCUGGUGGAGACCUCCAUAAUAUUGAUGUGCAACUACUAAAUCAAGAUACAGUACAGCAUAUUCAUAACUUAGUGAGUGAGCUGACUGUACUAUGUGGAAAGGCAACAGCUAAACUGAGUUAACGGAACUUGUGACUACAGAAUAUUUGUGACAGCUCUUUCUUGCUGCUUCAAAGUGUUUAGAGAAUGUCUAUGUCUUAAUAAAGCUGUAUACUGCUCAGUAAAUGUUUUUUAUGUAAAGCUU